AUGGGAACUUUUCAUUCUUCUGAUAUUCCAUAUGUUUUCGGGUUACCUCUGAUAAAUCCUGGUUAUUCACAGAAAGAUAUUUCAUUGAGUCGUGAAAUGAUGAAAAUCUGGACUCAUUUUGCUGAAAAUGGUGAGCCUCCAAUGGUUGGUGAAACUAAAUGGAAACCGUUCCAAGAAAAGAUGUCAGCAAUGAUACUAAACAUAGAUGAUUGGGGGAAAACUGAAUUGGAAAGAGUUGAAUUCUGUCUCAAAGAAUGGGAUUAUUUAUAUCCACAUGUUAGUAAGAAAUUUCAGUUAUUCAGAUAUCAAUCGCCAAUCCUAUAA